AUGGAUACUUCCGUCAAACCCCAAGACUACACCCGCUACUCAGAGGACUUCCUCUCAGCCUGGAACGGCCCCUCUCUCAAUGACUCACAUCCUCCGCCUCAAUACACUCCUCGCGAUACCCCUCCGAUGCAGGGACGUCAGGCCGCCAAACAAGCCGAAUACUAUCACACCCGACCGAUGAACACGCAGGAGUCAGCGAAUCCAACUCGGCAGGAUGAGUACCAUCACUACCAAACCAAUCCCAAUUUUUAUCACAAUCGUAAUGCCCCAUAUGUGGCUCCGGCUGUGGGUCGAAAUGCUUCGCCUAUAGCGACGCAGAACGAGUACCACUGCUACCAAACCAAUCCUAAUCUUUAUCACAAUCGACGUGAUAAUUUGGAUAUUAAUUCGACAGCCGCUCAAGGCGUACCGAUGGCGAUGCAAGCGACUAUGGCCACUGAGUAUAAGCUCGGCCAAGUGGCACAGCAGCAAGACUUUUACUGUCGUCGACAGGAGGAAGCUUCGCGAGGGAGGGGCCAAUUUGGGGCUUUCGCAGCAAGCAGCUACGACUUCGAUGCGGGAUUUUUAUUACCAUCGCCGGGCUGA